UUUCUACGGGACCGGAUCCUAGAUCCCAAAAAACCUGUGAAAGAGCGCCGCCUCUCGAAAACCUAAAACUAAACCGAUCUUCUCAACAUGUCUCCAACAGAGGGAUCCGCGACAAAAGAGAUGAGUCUGCUGACUUUGAACGAAAGGGACACUACUAAGAGAACCACCAGACCAAGAAAACGCGACAUUGGGAGAAUUCGUGUAAUGGGAUAUAGCAUUGACCUUCCUCAUGAUGACGUGGUAAACGCGUUGAGAAAACAUUUCUCUUCAUGCGGAGAGAUCACGGAUGUUUGUGUCCACGUACUCACGGAUAAUCUUCUCGACAGUUUUGGUUUUAUUUAUUUUCUGGGAGGACAAGGCACAGUUGACAGGGCGAUGCAACUUAGUGGAACUGACGUUGGAGGAUGGAAUGUCACUGUUAAGCCUUAUCCUUUCCUGGAAGAUGCAGACUGGGACCCUGUUGCCAUUGUUCAAGGAUAUGACACUUGUCUUGGGAAAACUGAUAUCAAGAGAAUGUUGUUUGAUCACUUCUCUUCAUGUGGACAGAUCAAGGAUAUCAAGUUUCAGAGGAGCAGCAUUGGUUUAGCUUCUGUGUAUCUUUAUGGAGAAGGUGCAGAAGACAAGGUGCUUGAUCUUGAUGGGUCCUACAUGGGAGGAUGCAAAAUACUUGUUAAGCUUAUUCCCUCGAGUGGAAUAUACACUGUUCACCCUCGUAGUCGUCAUCUUGGCUGGCCCAGGUAACAAGGCUAGGAUGACUUUGGAAGAAAAGCUCUCGGAUCUACUGGGAGAAGAGACAAUAAAGACAAGCUCUAUGUUAUUAGUAUUUGUGAAUUAAUGCAACGAUCUACUCUAGUACUUUCUAUGCUAUUUUCUCUCUUCUGGAUUUUAAACUAAAAGCUCAGUAUUUAUAUUAUCUUCGGUGUGAUAAUAUUAUC